AUGAAGCUCUCCAUCGCCGCCGUUUCCUCUUUCAUCGCCGCUGCCGUGGCUGCCUCUCUCCCUGAGUCCUUUACUCUCGUCGCUGAUGGUGGCAAGACUGUCCUCACUGACGGCAGCAACGCCUUCAUCGGCGGCAGCACCGACGACAAGAAGAUUCUCGUCCUCCGCGGCGGCUCUGGGGGCUCCCAGGUGACCUACACUGCCGACGACCAGACUCCCACCGGCUGGCAGAACCUGUACGCCAUCACUAACGCCAACAAGCCCAUCGCUCUGACCGUGCCUCACUCCGGUGCCACCCCCGAGGGUGCCAACAUCAACGGCUGGGGAGUCAACGACGAUGGCUACUUCACCUUCAACGGCAAGCAGGCGUUUGCUGUCCAGAGCGACGACGGUGCCCAGAAGAUCUACUACCUCGGCGCUGGCGAAGGCCAGUUCCAGAAGACUCCUUUGUACGUCAAGAAGUACUAG